AUGACUGAUGAGGAUUUUAUGCGUAUGCUCUUACUGGACGGAUGCUUCAUUCUAGUUGCUCUUGGUGGAAUUGAAAAAAUUAUAGCACAGAAAAAGGAAGCAGAGAGUAAGAGAUGUGCUCUAGAGGAAAUAGUUGUUGAAGAUGCUAAUAUGCUAGGGGGACAGACAUCUCUUGAUUCAAACAAUGAUAGCAUUUGCGAUGUGGUUCAUGAUAGAUUCCUCCAUCAUGACCUGUUCUUGCUGGAAAAUCAAAUUCCAUUUUUCAUUGUGAAGAAACUCUAUGAGCUAGCUUCUGGUAGUGUCCCAUUGGCUCCAUCCAUCACUGAUGCUUUGAACAAAGUUGUGGAAGAAGCAUUCUCUUUUUAUCCAAAGGCAAUCCGAGGGCUCAACAGGCCAGGAGAUUUUCAACAUUUGCUUCACUUGUGUCAUAUGUAUCUUAGGCCUAAUCCAAAGGUGGAUAAUAGCCAUCAUUAUCAGGUUGGACCUCAGUACAUUUAUAGGUUUUUUAGUUUCGGAUGGAGAUAUUUUAGACUCGGUCAUCAUCCUGAGGUCAACGAGCAAAUUCAGUUAGCUCAACAGAAGGAGGAUUCCCUACAAUCAGGUCAAGAACUGAAUCGAUGGAGGCGGGCGGGUAGCACAAUAUCUAGAGGCAGGAGCAGUCUUUUCAGGAAUAUCAUUGCAUUUGAGCAAACAUGUCCUCAGUUUGGAGAUGACUUCACAGCUUACAUUGUCUUCCUGUCACAGAUUAUUUGUAUGCCAGAAGAUGUAACACUACUUGUUGAAAGAGAAAUAAUUGUGCACCAACUUGAGAGCGACGAACAUGUCUCUGAUCUAUUUACCAUGCUUAGUAAAGAUGUUGUGUUUGAUUUCAAUGGUAUGCAUUACUUAAAAUCACUUUGUCAGGCUAUGGAAGAAUUCUACCAGAGUCGCCUGAACCGAUGGAUUGCGUGGCUCUUGAUGAAUCAUUUCAGUAAUCCGUGGUUGGCCUUAGCUGCAGUAGCGACGGGUGUUGUGCUUGCCUGCACCAUCGUGCAAACCAUCUUCACUAUCGAAGCAUACAGGAAACCCCCUGGUCAUGAGUAA